GGUAGCUGAGUCUGAUUUUUCCAGUAAAAUGAAGUUUAAAGGUCUUGUUUUGUUUGUUCUUCUUCUUCUUGCAUGCUCUAUAUUAGCUGAGGAAUCUGAGGCUGAGCAUCAAGGUGAUGAGCUCUUAGAAGCCAACCAAGGUAGAGGUGGCCUCUGCCAAGGCGGCCGGAGGUGUUGCGGCGGUUUUCUCCGUGGCCGCUGCUCGCGGUGGUGUUGCAAGCAUUCAGCUAAUGAAGUGGAGCUAGAGCACGAUGUGAACGACGGUGGUGGUGGAUAUGGUGGUGGUGGCGGUGGUGGUGGGGGCCAAGGCGGAGGGAAAGGUGGCGGUGGCGGUGGAGGUGGUGGUGGCCAAGGUGGAGGGAAAGGAGGAGGUGAAUAUGGUGGUGGAGGCCAAGGCGGCGGAAAAGGUGGUGGCCAAGGAGGAGGGAAAGGUGGUGGUGGUGGAAAAGGUGGCGGAGAAGGUGGUGGGCAAGGAGGAGGCAAAGGUGGAGGUGAAUACGGUGGUGGAGGACAAGGCGGAGGGAAAGGCGGCGGAGAAGGUGGUGGGCAAGGAGGAGGCAAGGGUGGCGGUGAAUACGGUGGUGGAGGACAAGGCGGAGGAAAAGGUGGAGGCCAAGGAGGAGGGAAAGGUGGUGGUGGUGGUGUUGGUGGAAAAGGUGGCGGAGAAGGUGGUGGGCAAGGAGGAGGCAAGGGUGGCGGUGGAUACGGUGGUGGAGGACAAGGCGGAGGGAAAGGUGGCGGAGAAGGUGGUGGGCAAGGAGGAGGCAAAGGUGGCGGUGAAAACGGUGGUGGCGGAGAAAGUGGUGGACAAGGGGGAGGCAAAGGUGGUGGUGAAUCCGGUGGUGGCGGCCACGGCAGCGGAAAAGGUGGUGGGCAAAGCGGAGGAAAAGGAGGAGGUGAUUACGGUGGUGGUGGUAAAGGCGGCGGAGAAGGUGGUGGGCAUGGUGGUGGUGGCGGACAGGGCGGAGGAUAUGGUGGUGGGCGUGGCGGUGGAAAAGGCGGCGGCGGAUAUGGUGGUGGUGGCGGCGGCAGUGGAGGCCAUGGCGGUGGAAAAGGCGGCGGUGGUGGCGGCCAUGGCGGAGGAUAUGGUGGUGGGAAAGGCGGAGGAGGAGGAGGCUAUGAAGAUAUCAAGAAUUAAUUGAAUAAUUUCCAAUAUAGUGGGAAGAUCAUGUUCGAAUCUGUAGUGUUGAAAAAUAAAUAAAUGCAUGGUUACUAUCUAGUUUAAAGAAAACU